GGCCUGGGAAGACAGGAAGGAGUCUGCUGAAUAGUGCCCUGCAGUGGGGCCAGUAACUGCCUGGCCUGCUGUAGAGUGUAUGGACUGACGUGAAUUCUCCCUCAUCUCAGUCGUCAGUCCCACUGGAGCUCUUGCAGACUACAGUCACAGGAGACUACUGAAGAGGACAAUGGAGUACCUACAAUCCUAUCACUGUUUACUCUGCUACCUUCUGCUGGCUCUUAGAGAUCCUGCACUCUGUGCUAAAGAGAUCACUGUUAGCCCAGCCAAACCCGUUGUCAAGGUGGGAGAUGCUGUGACCUUGAUCUGUGAGACAACCUGCUCCCAAGGCAAACCACACUGGAUGAAACUAGACGAGAGCGAUGUCACUCAGAAUACCACAAAAAACAGAAGUUAUCUCCAUAUUGCAGCUGUACACCCGAAUCACGAGGGAAAGUAUACCUGCACAGCAGAAAAAUGUAGGAAACAGAAGAAGGAAACAAUCCAGCUCAGAGUUUACUCUUUCCCGGUGCCUGUCCUGUCCACAGUGCCCGAGAACCCUGUCUCUGGUCAACCUUUUAAGGUGAAAUGCACACUGACAAACGUUUACCACGGAGAUUAUGACACCGUUGAGAUGCUUCUCUCGCACCUUGAGAGGCUUGAAACAGAACACUCCAAAAACUGUAAUGAUGACAGAUUUUGUGAUCAUACGUGGUCUUCUAAGAAUCAGAUGGGCACUAGCAAAACAGAUUAUCAGUGUGAAACCAAUCUUACCAUUGGCCCUAACAGCUUUACUGAAAAGGCUCGUCUUGCCAUACAUUUCCAGGGUGAUGCUGGUGAUGACUAUAAUGAUACCAGAAGCACUGCCAUGUCUCCUGAACAGACGGAAACACAAACGUCAGAACCUGUCAGUACAGAAGGCAAAGGUCAAGGUGAUGCUGGUGAUGACUAUAAUGAUCCCAGAAGCAUUGCCAUGUCUCCUGAACAGACGGAAACACAAACGUCAGAACCUGUCAGUACAGAAGGCAAAGGUCAAGCAGUGGAGGCCUCCAGCUCCACCACCACGGCCAUGGUUGCACUGGGCUCCACAGUGGGAUUCCUAUCCAUUCUCUGCUUCCUGGUUCACCUGAUCAAACGGAGUAAACGCAAGUCACCCUCCAGUGGUCCCGAGAACCAUCCUGAUGGCUGCUGACCACAAUGACAUCAGCUUCAUUUUAUGUUCUCAAGUUUUUGUUUUGUCCUAUGUGUUAAACGCCAAUGUAGGACUCUAGCCUGCCUACAUGCAACUUCCUAUAACAACUCAAAAGUAAUGUAUACUGAAUCUGAUCUCCCCAUGUAAUGCCUGCUGUAUAAAUCUUUUUUUUUAGCUAGCUAUUAAAAUUAAAGCAAACAUAUAUCCUACAAAUAAUAAUGUACUGGGAAAAUGCCAAAGAAGAACAGUCAAACAGAAACAUUGUAACUAACAUAAAGCCUACUGUUUGAUUCAUAUCAUAUGUUCAUAAUAAACAUCUUGAGAAACAGGA